AAUGACGGUGAUAUCCUUCAAUAAGAACACGUCAUUGUGCGUUCAACGUAUAUAAGACAUUUCUGCCGUUUUUUUCUUUCUUUGGAAUAAUGUCGGCUGACUAUGAUAACAGGGAUAAUGGCCCAGAGGGCAUGGAGCCAGAUGGCAUCAUCGAGAGCAACUGGAACCAGAUCGUGGACAGUUUUGAUGAAAUGAACUUGCGCGAAGCUUUGCUCAGGGGAAUUUAUGCCUAUGGUUUUGAGAAGCCAUCUGCUAUUCAGCAAAGGGCUAUUAUGCCUUGUAUCAAGGGUUAUGAUGUGAUUGCUCAGGCCCAGUCUGGCACUGGGAAGACUGCCACUUUUGCCAUUUCCAUUCUCCAGCAGAUUGACGUGGAGAUGAAAGCCACUCAGGCUCUGGUUCUGGCUCCUACCAGGGAGCUGGCACAGCAGAUUCAGAAAGUGGUGCUAGCCCUGGGUGACUACAUGGGAGCCAGCUGCUAUGCCUGUAUUGGAGGCACAAACAUUCGCAGUGAGGUUCAGAAACUGCAGGCCGAAGCCCCUCACAUUGUGGUGGGAACCCCUGGCCGUGUAUUUGACAUGCUGACCCGCAAAAACCUCUCUUCCAAAAGCAUCAAAAUGUUUGUGCUUGAUGAAGCUGAUGAAAUGCUGAGUCGAGGAUUCAAGGACCAAAUCUAUGAGAUCUUCCAGAAGCUGUCGAGCAACAUACAGGUGGUUCUUCUGUCAGCCACAAUGCCAGCUGAUGUUUUGGAGGUCACAAAGAAAUUCAUGCGAGAACCUAUCCGAAUCCUUGUCAAGAAAGAAGAGCUAACCCUUGAGGGCAUUCGCCAGUUCUACAUCAAUGUGGAGAAAGAGGAGUGGAAGCUGGACACACUGUGUGACUUGUAUGAAACCCUGACUAUCACACAAGCUGUCAUCUUCAUCAACACCAGAAGGAAAGUAGACUGGCUCACAGAGAAGAUGCAUGCCAGAGACUUUACUGUUUCUGCUCUGCACGGUGACAUGGACCAGAAAGAGAGGGAUUUGAUCAUGAGGGAGUUCCGCUCUGGUUCCAGCAGAGUCCUCAUUACCACUGACCUGCUGGCCAGAGGUAUUGAUGUUCAGCAGGUGUCCCUGGUAAUCAACUAUGACCUGCCAACCAACAGAGAAAAUUACAUUCACAGGAUUGGUCGUGGUGGUCGCUUUGGCAGAAAAGGAGUAGCCAUCAACAUGGUGACUGAGGACGACAAACGAACCCUGAGGGAUAUUGAAACAUUCUACAACACCACUGUUGAAGAGAUGCCCAUGAAUGUGGCUGACCUCAUCUAGCUUCUACAUGCCCAAAAUCCACCCUGCCCUGCUUAUUUUAGAAGUGAAGUCCUGUUUUUGCUAUGUGAUCGAAAUUUUAACGAAUUUCACUGACUAUGAUUUGUAUCCAAAUAUUUGAAAGUGUUUUUUGCCUAUUUGAAAGCAUAGCUUACUGAAAUGUUUCAUUUGUUCACCAUAGUUGUCAUAGCCCUCCGUGCAUCAACUGAACUCCUUCAGAUCCGAACUGCCUUCAUCUGUAAUACAUUGAUAAAAGCAAUCUUUGUUUCA